CUCCCCUUCUCCCCUCCCUUUCCGCUGCUGGGUAGGGUUUAGCGGUGGCUGAGGGAGGUCUCGGCGGCAUGGCGCCGUCCAAGGGGGAGCGGCGGGGCGGCGACCCGGCCGAGGGGGAGGACGAGGAUUCGGCCAGCGUCAGCCGCCGCGCCAGAUCCGGCGGCAUCUGCCCGACCCGGCGCCACCCGGACGACGAGGCCAGGUCAGCCGCUCGUACACCUGCGGCGAGGGCGGGAGCCGGACGCUUGAGAGGCGCGUCGUGCCGGGGGAGAUGCGCGGCAAGGGCGCGGCCGCCGAUGUCGUCCAGGAGGCGUUGCCGACGUGCGGGUGCCACAUCGAGCGCUACCGCCGCCACGACGCGGUUCCCCGAAGACGCCCUGUACGGGUCGACGACGGCGAGGGCACGUCCGCGGCCGGCGCCGCGGAGGCCGUGCGGACGUGCGGGAGCUACACCGACACCCCGCCCCGACGCCCUACUCCGGUCAGCGCGUCGACGGCCCUCGGCAUCAAGGGCGGCCGCGGAGCGCGGGGCCAGAAGAACAAGCGCGACGAGUUGCGCGUGGAGGUGAGCCGCGGUGGAGUGCCCAUGGACGGCUUCGAAGAGUCAGUCGCGCGGUGCGGCUUCCGAAACCCGAGCCUGGUGCGGCGGUGCCCCACGCCGCCACGGAUGGACUCUACGCGGUGCGCGCAGAUGGGGGCCUGCAUCCCGGUGGCAGUUGGAGGGGGUCGCGGCCACAAGGACACCCACGACGACUACUACGGCACCUCGAGGCCACGGGCUGCGGAGCUGCACGUCCCCACUGCGGAUCUGCGCACAGAGAUGUAUGAAACUGGGAGUAUCGAGGGGCCAUCUGGAUCUUUCACUGUGAACAAUGUCCAAGUGAAGUUUGCUGGCGAUGUCCCGCAUACCGGUUCAUUUCUGGAAGGGCCUGACUCCAAGGCAUUGUCUGUUGGCGAUGAAGUGAAAUGUAAGGAUGCAUUUGUUCUGUCGGACACCUAUGGCUAUCCAAUUGAUUUGACUGAGGUCAUGGCAGUUGACUUCGGGCCAUCUGUUGACAUGAAGGGUUUUAAUGUUUCUAUGGAAGAAGCAAGGCAAAAGGCUAGGAAUGCUCGCUACAAGGCUGCUGGCAAGUCCAUUGUCCUGGAUGCUAAUGCUACAUCGCACCUGCGCAAUCAGGGGCUUGCCAGCAUAAAUGCUAGCCCGAAAUUCCAACACGAGGUACAUAGCACUGUGGUAAAAGCUAUCUAUACUGGCUCAGAGUUCAUAGCCACUGCAUCUGGUGAUGAAGAUUUUGGUCUUGUUUUGGAAAGCACAAGUUUCUAUGCGGAACAGGGUGGUCAGGAUGCAGACAAGAAGCGACAUGGUGCAAUCGGUGAGGAGGUGAAGCAGUUGCCUCAAAGAGCAAGGGAUAACAGCUUAAAACCACAAGAUUACGAGGAUGUACCAGAUUUUGUCUGUAGUGAUAGGGGAGGCUGCUCUGGGUCUAAUAAUGGAAAAUGGAAUUAUAUAUCAAAGAUGAACUAUUACUUGAGGGCUGGAGAAGCAAGCAGCAGCUGUUCUACUAGUUCAAGCACUAACAUAUCUGCUGGUAAAACUACACAGAUUCUUGUUAAAUUCUUUUGAUCAACAAUCCCGGUGCGGAAGAACCUGAACAAACUAAGUGCAAAUAUGUUGAUUGAGCACAUUUGUCGUAGAGUGGGGGUUAGGCAGAGUGACUUGUAUACAACAUUUAGUGGGAAAAUUUUGGAGCCGGAGCAAGUUUUAUCGUAUUAUCAACUCCAGAAGGAUUCUGUGGUUUACAUUAAUCACAGACUACGAGGUGGCAGGCCAUUGACAAUUGAGGUUGAAACUUGGGAUGCCAAAAUGAAGGUUUAUCCUCACUACCAGACUCUGCCUUUGGACCCCAAUCUAAUUGGCCCGGACAACAAAAAAAGGAAUUCGAAUUCUGUGACAUAUUUGUCAGAAAGUUUACAGUAUUUGUGUAAGCAGGUCUUGAUUGGGAUGUGUCGAGAGCAUUUCAGCGGGAUAAGUUUUGGCGGUAAUUUUACUUCAAAGCAAUUACUCUUCGACAAUGGAAAUUUCAGAUUUGACACUUGUGUUCCCAUUGAGGAAUAUAGUAUCACAUCAGCCUUCAAAGAUUAUAAUCGGAUUUCUGAAAUUUUUGACAAAGAAUUCUGUUCAGCCGAUGGUUCUUAUCCAAUACAUGCUGGCCAUUUGAUCAACUUCCUGGCAUGUCCUCCUGAUUUAGUUGACCCACGAAGCGAGGCUCUCAUAGCUUAUCUUACAAAUCAUUAUAGCCUCCUAUCUCAUUCACAGAGGAUCAAAAUGAGUGAAGUGCUUGAUAGCUUGCGUGCAAUGCUGGGUACAAAUGGUUUGUUAGACUACAAGUUUGCUAUUGGCAUAUGGGGCAACAUUUCCUGGACAGCUGCAGUGAAAGCGAUCACAGGAAUGAAACCAGUAUAUUUAUAUGAUGCCACGUAUGACGAGCGCGGCUAUGUUAUUGAUGUCCCGUAUUCUAACCAUGAUAAUCUCAGUCUCCUGCACUUUUCAAACAAUUUCUUCAAGCACGCUAAAUUUCCUCUGCAGCAGCGUGAAGCAGCCUUUUCGCUUGCGAUGAAAGAUGACAACUUUAUGCCCAUACUUCUAUUUGACAGCGCGAUAACGUUCCAGAACGUGGUAGCAGAUAUAACAGAGGAUGUACAACAGUUUAUCGAUGAAGUGAUUUCAAUGUUGGGUAAGAACACUCUUUGUUGCAAGAGGAGGGAUGAGCCAUCCACAAGCUGAUACAAUAAGAAUGGUGUACUUGACCAUGGCGUGCCAUGGACAAGUAUACGAGUGAUCUUGGGGAGAGCUUGUGCUCUGUUACACCAGUGGAAGAUCUUAUGCAAGGGGGAUCAGUCGGUGCUUUUGCGACGCUGUCUCCUGCUGCUGGACCGGCGAAGAGGCGAGCUGCUGCGCAUCGCGUGGUAGAAAGAACCAGACCUGGAGCAAAGAAGGGACUAGCUGGCCUCAUGCUCAAUGCACACUCUGGGAUGAUCCUACCCCCUCCUGCGUGAGGAAGAUGUAAUAGGCUAGGCUCCCUCUUUAUUCGGCUACUGGCUUUGGAUACUGCUGAACCUUUUGCUGUUGCGGACGGUUUUCUUUUUGGUUUGUUAGUGGUAGUUAAUUUCUGGCCUGCUACUCUGGUUAGGUCCGAGAGCUUUUAAGUGUUUGGAUGCUGUUCUCCGUUUUAUCUAUAAAAUGGAGAGGGGGGAAA